UAUAUAUAUAUAUGUAUGUAUGUAUAUAUAUAUAUCACAUACAUACAUAUAUAUAUAUAGGAUAGUUUUUCAAGACACCAUGAUUUUACUUUUGUAUUUAGUAACUGUGUUAUAAUGUCAGUUCCAAAUAAUUCUACAAUGCUUUGUGACUUUAAAACUACUGCCUCCAAACAGUCAAUGCUUCAAAGAAGAUUUAAGGAGCCAUUAAUGCUUAACAGAGCCACCGACAGCAAUUUCACCAGAAUGUAGCAUUUAAUCAUAACGAAAUAGCAGCCCUUGUAUGUUUGCAACAUACCUGGAAAUUGUUAACUGUAGCAAUUACGUCAUGUUAUAGUUAUGACCGUUUAAGUCCUACACAUGACAAUUACAAAAUUGUUAUAAAAUUAUAGAGGAUUGUGUUUGAGUAACAUUUUAGAUAUUAUCUUAAGGUAUUAUUGGUGUAUAAUGCUGUAAGUUUUCUUGUUGUUUCUGUUGUAGUGCAAUAUUCUUUUGUUUAUGAGCUUGUCAGAUUGUGUACUAUAGACUUGAAACUAUACUUUAGCUUUAAUGAGAACAUUUCUGCUCUUAUAUUAAAGACAUUGCUAUUGCAUACUCCCUAUAUGGACCCUAGAUGUAGGUAUCUUAAGAUAAACUACUUGUACAAAUUUAGUUACACUAUAUUUGUCAAAGAGUUUCUCAACAAUUUAGUGAGCAUGUUUUCUUAGGUUUAUAAUACUGAUUAAACACUGUAUAUUUUGUAUAUAACCUCUCGGGAUUGUUAUUGCAGGUGGUGUUAAGUUAAUGAUUUCCCAAAAUGUGACAAGUUUCUGUAUGUUUUUGCUUUCAUAUGACAUUGUCAAAGACGGGUCUACAACAUAGUUUCACUGUGUUACUCAAUUAUUAGAUGCACAUAAUGAUAAACAUUUCAAAUGGAUUUCUCAGAUGAACUUUGAACAUUUGGCACUCCCUCUUCACAUUGUAAAGUUAUGGUUAGGGAAAGAAGUCAGACAGGACACUGUCUGCAUUACAGAGCACAUGGCUGGAAAACAAGGGAUUUAAUCAGCAGAAUAAAUCGGAAAUAGGUCAGUUAGUGCAGAUGCUAUUUGCUACCACUGUCCAAGGAAAAUGUCAGGGGACUCCAAAUUAGGAUCCACUGAACAUUUAUUUAAAGUUUUGGUAAUUGGUGACAGUGAUGUUGGAAAAACCAGCUUUGUGAAGCGUUAUGUGAGAGAUCAGUUUUUCGAGGACUUGAAAACGACAAUUGGUGUGGAUUUCUCUAUGAAGGUCAUUGAGUGGGACAGUCAAACGCUAGUGAGAUUACAACUAUGGGAUAUAGGAGGUCAAGAGCGUGUAAGGGGAAUGAACCGAGUGUACUUCAAAGGAUCGAGUGGGGCAGUUGUCGUGUAUGACAUGACAAAUGGUUCAACAUUGGAAGGAGCUCUGAACUGGAAACGUGAACUCGAUUGUAAAGUAAUGUUGAAAAAUGGCCGUCCAAUCCCUGCAGUUCUGCUAGCCAAUAAGUGUGAUCAGAUUAAAUUAUGCCAACGGAAUGCUGCUGUUCUGGAGAAGCUCUGCCAAGAAAAGGGUUUUAUUGGAUGGUUUGAGACAUCAGCGAAGGAGAACUUCAAUGUGGAUAAAGCUGCUAAAUUCCUUGUGAAGCACAUUCUUCAAGUCAACCAGGAGUCAGAAAAUGAGGAAGUCCAGGAGAUCCAAAUAAAUCUGACACAGCAAUCAAAUACGAACUCUACUUGCUGUUAAUUUUUAAAAAGUGCUUUUAGUAUGAGUUAGCUAUUUAAUGUUACAUUUAAGUGUCACGUAAUUGUGUAAAUCUUUCCUCUAUUCAGUUCUGUAGAGUUUUUACAUUUUUGACUGAAUGACAAUGCUGAGUAUAUAAUAAAUACCGCUAAGGUGAUUUACCUCAUUUCCCUUGCUAAAAGUUCACAGGUCAUUGAAUACAUUAACAUGCAAAGAUGCUAACAGUGAUCCGCCAUACACACUUCUGCCUUAACCAUCAGCAAGAGAACAAAAAUACUGUCAAGAUGCCAAAUUCAUUAAGGUUCUUUCUACAGUAAGGGGAGUGCAGAAUGCAUAUGUAGCUUCAACCCCCUUAAAUGCAUAUGUGGGUCAAAAAAAUGAUCCAAGUGAAAUCUAGAUCCUUACUCUUUAUAAAACUGCUUAUUUUUCAAGGAAAAUGAACCCUAAUGAUAAUUAUAUUAAUAAUGUAAAUUAUUAAGAGAACAUUUAUAAAGUUAUGAAGAGAACAGUUGAUAUAUAUUUUAUUCAAUCCUGUAGUUUCAGACACAUCGAAAAUGGAGUAGGAGAUUUGAGUGACAGUGUGAAAAAGCCCGUAUAAUGGGCAAUUUAGGCAAUUGUUAUGUUUAGUAGCAAAACAUGAAAUGUCUCAACUCUAACCACGCUAACACAUACAUUUAAAUACACUGGAAUAGGAUUUUAAAAAAUUGACAUUUUUUUUAUUUUAUAAACUUGUUAAAAUGACAACCUCUACACUCGAUAUUGCCAAAUGACACUAUAUUUCUAUAUUACUCUGUAGCUAUUUAGUGGUGAGACAUACUGAAUAAAGAAAAGUUGCCGUUUCCAAUACACUAAGAAGUGGUCCAGGAGCUAUAACUAUUGAGUCCUUGCCGAAGAAGGCAUCUAACUUCAGGUUGCUCCAUAAGGACUGUCCCUGUUAUAAUGUUAAGCACUUUGGAUAAAAACAUCGGCUGAAUGACAACUUUCUAUACUUUAUACUACACAUGAAUAUGAAUGUAAACAUGGUAUUUAACAUAUAAUUAAUUACAUAACAAAUGGAAACUUAAAACAAUCAAUAGAUUACAAAAAUAAUAUAAGUGUUAAAUGCAGUGAAUACCAUUGGAAACACACAUGGGUCAAAUAGGACCCACAUGUGCAUUCUAGGGGUGGUGAUGCAAAUUCUUGAAAAAACAUUAAACUAAAUAAAUAAAAAGUGACUUCACAUGAUAGAAGACACCUUAACUGAGAAAUACCUGGGGCAGAUCUAAAGACCACUUCUUGUAAAAAUUAUGUCUUAAAAUCUAGGUGCUGGGUCAUUUUUGACCCACAUGUGUGUUCAAGAGUUGACGAAGCCUAGAUCAUAUACAUUAUAUAUAUAUAUACUGUAUAUUUAUACUUUUUAUAGUUUUGUUCAUGGAUUUACGAAUCAGGGUAUGUCCUGCAACUCUAUCAGAAAAGAACUGCGACCAGUUGAGAGCCACUGGCUUUUAUUUUUUCAAGUUUAACAUUCAAGUGUUGUUUUCUUUUGAAAAAUACAAUAAUAAUAAUAAUACUAAAAAUCUAAGUAGCUAGCCUGUGUUUGAGCAGUUUUCUCUUGGCGUCAGUGAGAAAGUGUUUAUGAAAAAUAAAUGUAACUUACUUUUUGCCUGCCAGAAUAAAAAAAACAACAUAAUAAACAUUCCAUCAGAAUUUAAAGUUUCUCUGUUACAAAAUUAAUUUGCCAACCAGCACAAAUGCAUAAUGCCGUCCCUGAGAGU